CAAAGUCCGGAUGCUUAAAGCCGAGCAACGGCUCCCUCUACUCCAACCUCGCUCCUGACCCGACACUCCGCGACCAUUGGAUCCACCAUGGAAGGUGAGCACACGUGAGGUGCCCCUCGUGCUCGCGGGUAUGCUCGGCAGAUAUUGGUUCCGCCUGUCCAAGAGCCGGCUUGAUCUUACCUACGGAUGGUUAGGAUCAUCGAUCCCACGAGUGUGGGGUACAGUAACCAUCCCCAGCUUUCAAUCAACCCCCGAUGCGUUGCGGAUAUGGACAACCGCUCAGUGUCUAGAACACCUUCCUUAUAUCUGUCAGACGGAAGAAGUCCCGGGUAGAUGUAUAUCUUACUAUACCCGCUGCUCAUCAAUCUCGUAGCUCAUAGUCUUUGUUUUCUGUGACCCCUCCCGUCACCCGUUACUUUGAACAAGCCUCAACAUGGCUCCAGCUGUUCGUCGCCCAGUCCGCGUUGGAGGCGCCUCAGGCGGCUUCUCAGACCGUGUCCGAGCCAUUUCUUCCUUGGCCAAAGAUGAUGUCGAUGUUAUUGUUGGAGACUGGCUCUCUGAAAUGACCAUGACAAUGCACGGAACUGGCAAAAUUAAGAACAAGGAGCAGAUGCUGCAAGCGCGGACUUUUGAGGACAAGCUCAACCACGCCAUGUUCGCCGAGAACUUCAUGGAUUGCUUUACACCUGCUAUUGAAGACAUAGCCACCCGCGGCAUCAAACUCUGCGUCAAUGCAGGCGCAUCUGAUACAGAGCUACUAGCGCAACUCGUUGAUAAGACGUGCAGAGAUGCUGGACACCCUUUGAAGGUUGCCUGGAUCGAGGGUGAUGAUGUCACAGGGACUGUCAAAAACAUGCUGAACAAGGGCGAAGGAUUCAAGAGUCUGAUGCACAACAGGUCAGUGGCAGAGUGGGGCCUAGAGCCCGUCUGCGCUCAGUGCUACCUCGGUGGGCUAGGUAUCGCAAGGGCGCUUACUGAAGGUGCUGAUAUCGUCAUCGCUGGACGUGUCUCGGACGCUUCACCCAUAAUCGGUGCUGCGGCAUGGUGGCACGACUGGACAAAUGAUCAGUUCGAUGAGCUUGCUGGCUCCUUAGUCAUUGGCCAUCUGCUCGAAUGCGCCGCCUAUGUUUCAGGAGGCUACUGCUCAGACUUUCGAUCUCUGCUCGCCCAGGGCAAACACAUUAACAUGGGUUUCCCAAUCUGUGCCAUCAACAAUAAGGGCGAAGGCGUCAUGUACAAGGAGAAGAACACCGGCGGCUGCAUGACUGUCAGCUCGGUCACUUCCCAACUUCUGUAUGAGAUCCAAGGUCCCCUGUACUACAACUGCGACGUCACGGCAAACUUGGAGGGGAUUAAGAUUGAACAAAUCGGGGAAGACCAGGUCAAGGUUUCCGGUGUCAAGGGCCUGCCUCCACCACCUACGACCAAAGUCGGCAUCACAGGAUUUGCUGGUUGGCAAGCGGAAUACCACAUCUACCUUGUCGGCUUACACAUGGAAGAGAAGUGCAGGUGGAUAGAAGAGCAAAUCAGAUACGAGCUUGGUGAGGAGCUGAUCAAGAAAUUUGAUGUCCUCAAGUUUAUGCAGAAUGGAUCGUCGGUGGUCGACUCACGGAAUCAGGACGUUGCAACCGUCGACUUCCGCGUCUUCGCCCAAUCCAAGGAUCGCGAGAUUCUCAACAUGCGCAACCCCAAGGGCUUUUUCCGCAUCUCCAUGGUCAACUUCCUCAUGUCCUGUCCCGGCGCUUCCCUCGGCAACGAUGUACGGCAAGCUGAAGGCAAACCGUACUACGAAUACCACCCAUCUCUCCUUCCGCAGGCAGCUGUGCAGCAGCGCGCUCAUCUCAUCUGGGAAGGCGAGGAGAAAGAUGGCUUCAAGGAGGGCAAAAAGGUAAUCGAUGUGCCGCUCGCUCCCGAGUUCCGCGAAUACGACCGCCAACAACCCUCCUACGAGACUACCAACCCUGUCGACCUAUCCUACUUCGGCCCCACUGUCCGUCUACCCCUCGGCUCGAUCGUUCUUGGCCGCUCAGGAGACAAAUGCUCAGAUGCCAAUGUUGGCCUGUUUGUACGCAAUGAUGAUGAGUGGGAGUGGCUACGCAGUCUUCUUACAAUCGAGAAGAUCAAGGAGCUGCUUGGUCCUGAGGAGUUCAAGGGUAAGCCCGUUGACCGGUUCGAGAUGCCAAAUGUUAGGGCAGUGCACUUCCUACUCCAUGACCAUCUUGAUCGAGGUUAUGAUGCUUGUUCGACAUAUGACACACUUGGUAAAAACGUGUGUGAGUACUUGCGGGCAAAGACGGUGGAUAUUCCAGUUCAGUUUGUCAAGAGGGGAGUGUUGUAAGUUAGUCUGAAACCUCGCAGAGAACGAGAUAUGAUGAGAUCGCAUAUAAUAUGUUUAUAAUGUUCUGGCUCCAUGGAUUUACUCGAAGC